AAUUUUUAGGUUAUAAUCCUGGAUUCGAAAGAUUUUCAAUUUAUUUUGUCCCAUUUUGUCAACUCAUUACGCAAUUUCGUUCUAUUUACCUAUAUACAGUAGUUGUUUGUAGAUUUCCUAUAAUUAUUUACAUCAGCUGUCAUUUAUUGUCUGAUUUCAUGAGCAAACAAAAAUCGUUUGGAUUUAUUUUGUAUUUGUUUUUUAGAAUCAAGAUCACAAGCACUCUUUGAUGUAGAUUAUUUAAUGAUUAAGUUAAUUAUUAAAUGUUUUAGACUGUUCUUGAUUGUUUAAAAGAAAUGAAAAGUUUUUGUAUUGAUGUGAGUGUAUCAUGGAUAAGUCUGGAGAAAAGAAAUCCGAAACCUACUAUCCGGAUGGUGGAUAUGGUUGGAUUAUUGUUUGUGCCAUCAUUUUAAUCAAUGUAAGCUUACUGACUUUAGUGCCAUGUUUUGGAAUCAUUUUUAGAGACGAAUUUAAAGAAUGGGGUAUUACAGCAGCACAAACAUCAUUUUUACUACAUUUACAAAGUUCACUAUACUGUUGUUUUGGAUUUUUUACAAGUCCGUUUUUGAAAAUGUAUGGAAUGAGGAAAGUGGCAUUUUUUGGGGCGUUUUUGAUGUCUUUGGGUAUAUUUUUGACCAGUUUUGGUACAUCAUAUUUUUUUUUGAUCUUUUCCGUUUCAGUUUUAACAGGUAUGGGACAAGGCACUCUGAUGCCAGCCACAUAUUUAGCAACGUAUACGUACUUUAAGAAAAGACUCACAGUAGCUACGAGUUUGUCAGUAACAGGGGCUAGUAUGGCGCCUAUUUUUAUGCCAAAAAUCUGUGAUAUACUCCUGACGAAAUUCGGUAGAAGAUUUACAGUGUUAUUCCUAUUUUUUGUCUCUUUAUUGUCAUUGAUUGGAUGUUUUUUACUCAAACCUGUCAAGCAAAAAUCAUCUGAAGAGAAUGAAAAUGAUAUUAAAUUAAACAGUGAGGUGGAGGUUAAGGAAGAAUUAUUAAAGACUAUUGAGAAUGGUGUUUAUGAGAAAACAACCAUUGAAAAACCGAUGAAUGUUUGGAAGAAAUUGCUACAUACUUUCGAUCUUCAUUUGCUUCAAGACGUGCCAUUUGUAUUAAUAGUUUUGGGACUAGGUGUAUCUUUUGCAUCAGAAUUGAACAUAAUCCUGAUGCUACAGUUCAUCCUGCAGGAACUGUCACAAUUUGAACGCAGUGAAGCAGCUGUAGCUAUAUCAGUUAUGAGCAUAACUGAUAUAUUGGGUCGAUUGGUAGUACCUAUGGUGGCUCAUAUGUUCAAUGCACCACCUAAGCUUAUGUAUGGAGGCGCAUUAGUUGUUGCAAGCAUAGGUAGAACAGUUUUAGCUGGUUGGAGUAAAGAAGUGAUCUUAGUGUUCAUUUCAAUAGGCCUUAUAGGACUGACCAAAGGGUGCAGGGCAGUAUUUCAGUCAGUAAUAAUCCCGAAAUUCGUGGCUCUGGAAAAAAUUCCGGGCGCAAAUGGGAUAAAUAUGCUAUUUACUGGUGGCAUUUCCUUAGUUAUAGGACCUAUAAUAGGUGUGAUUCACGAUAAGACGGGUUCGUAUUUUUAUGCAUUACAUGCAUCUACAGUGUUGUCACUUUUAUGCGUGACGCUCUGGAUUGUGGAGUUGAUUUACGAAAAAAGACGAUAUAGGAGUGCCAAAGUAUGACGUUGAUUAUGUCAAUAGGAAUGUUUAGUUUAAUUUAUUUUAUGUAAAAGAUAUUAUAAGAUAUAAUUAUAAAUAAUUUUGUUUAUAUUGAGUGAUAUAAAAAUAAGUACCAGUGAGUUUUUUAUAC